AUGGCCACAGUCCUACUCGACGGCUCCAACCCGGCGGUGGUUCGCGUGCGGCAGCUCAUCGACGGCACCGAAUCUUCAGAUGGGUGGACCAGGUGCUGGGAAGAAGGCCUGACGCCGUGGGACCUCGGCGAGCCCACCCCGGCCGUCGUCGAGCUCGUCAAGUCCGGCACCCUCCCCGGCGGCGGCGGCACCACCGCCACCGUCCUCGUCCCGGGAUGCGGCGGGGGGUACGACGCGGUAGCUCUGUCCGGCGCCGGACGCUUUGUCGUCGGCCUCGACGUCUGCGACGCCGCCAUCCAAAAGGCCAGACAGUGGUCGUCGAUAUCGCCGGACGGGAACUUCAUCGCCUUCGUCAACGCCGAUUUCUUCACCUGGGAGCCACCCAAGCCAUUCCAUCUCAUCUUCGACUACACAUUCUUCUGUGCUAUUGAUCCAUCCUUGAGAUCAGCAUGGGCAAGGAGAAUGUACGACCUACUCCGACCAGAUGGAGAACUCAUCACCCUCAUGUACCUGGUUGAAGGCCAGGAGUCCGGGCCACCAUUCAACGCCACUGUGCUCGACUAUGAGGAGGUGCUGAAUCCCUUGGGUUUCGUCAUUGUCUCCAUUGAAGACAAUGGAGUGGCCGUUGAAGCAAGAAAGGGGAUGGAGAAAAUGGCAAGGUGGAAGAAGAUGGCAAACUGA